GAAAGGUCACCUGGUGUACACAAUGAAUGAGACCACACAACACGGAUGUAAAAUACCGACUCUGAAACGUCUCUAACAAGCUCAUUUCUGUCCAGCUUCUCAGGACAAAAGUUGGAUCAGAUGUUAUUAGAGACUACCGAAUAGGAUCUGGAGAAAUAAGACGCCAGUAAUCAUGGCAACCGGACACAUCUUGCCAGGCCGGGGUAGCAUUGUUACCAAAUUCCGGUCGAAGUCGGCAGACCCGACCAUGUCCAGUUACCGGUACAACAAGGAGGGCCGCUUGGGAGGGCGGGGAACGUACGGCCGGCCGCAAUACCAAACUAGCCCCAGGGAUCUGGUGGAAAUAAAGCGAGACGCUCUCCUUGCCUGGACUGAAGAGAUGGAAGACUGGAGCAAAUCUCCAAAUAAAAGACCAACUACUUAUGAGCACAGUUAUUAUGACAAAAAUGUCAAAACGGAAGAUAGAGCCAGAAUGAGACCGAUUUCCCCAACGAGGAGAAAUAAACCGCACCCAAAAGAUGUGUUCCUGACAUGCAGACUUCACAAAGUCCCUGGGUAUUAUGAUCCCUCAGCGGCUAUGGGCAAAGAGAUUGGUGCUGUGCAAGGCUUUCAGAAUCCUGAUGCAAGAAUCAAAGAAGAGGUGUAUCUAGUUGAUGCUCUGUGUCCUGCAUGGGAACAGGAGGAGAGACGCCAUCUGAGACAUAAAUACAUUGGUCGACCAAGCACAGCAAACGUCAUGACAUACAGAGACGAAGAGCGUGAGAAGAUGAAAAGAGUGAUCUCAGAUCCUUGGUCAGCACAGGCAGCUGAGGCCUGGUUGAAACUAGCCGGUAGCACAAACAGGAAAGCUGUGAAGAAAAUGGUUAAUAGCGCUCGUGCAACCACUCAAGUGUCGAAUAGACAGCCACAGGAUAGAACUACGAGAAAUGUGACUGAGCAAGUCAGGGAACCAUAUCAAGCAUCCGUUCAUCGCUUCCUGAAAGGAGCCGGCCAUGAAGAGUCAAAAGCAGCCGAGAAAUUAUUUGACAGUCUUGAGAGUGCACCCCGACCUCUUCCUAUGAGCGGACCUCAUUUCCACAUCACCGAUUACAGCAAAGUACAUCACAAGAUACACCCAAAACACAUACGCACCGACUUCACCAUCCAUCCUGAAUGGGUGCCAUGAACUGAUAGGAACUUCCUAAACUCUUGGUUGAAUGGUAGACCUCUUGAAACAGUUCUGGAUCUAGAGGGAUCAACUUUUUUCCUUCCUUUGCAGAGUGGAAACAUUUCUUGGCAGACAUAAUUAUUUGCAUACUGUAGUCACUGCUUAACCAUUCAAAUUUUAGGACUGCAGAGAUUCUUAUCUUUACAGUUUAAAGAGGUGAAUUUUUCUUCCUGUAGCCUCACUGCAGUACCUGAAAAUUGGGAAGGUGUGAUUGUUCCAAGCUGUUCACAAUUAGACCACCUUCAGAAAACUAGAUGGUCCCAAGUAGGAAUGCUUAACCCAUUUGCGGACACAGCAGCCUUUCAUAGAAUGUUUCGAAAUGAGUUGAUUCGGCUUAGACUUCAGCUUCACUGGUUUCAGUCAGAGCUUGAACAUGUGGUUUCCAACGCUGCUUCAAAAUAGCUGGAACCAGUGAAACCAAAGUCUAAGUCUAAGCCGAAUUCAGUCGUUUCAAAAAAUGCUCAUAGUGUAGUUAGAAACAUGUCAUAAAGCCCCCUUUUCUGAGGAAUGAAAAAGGAACAGGAACAUUUCAAGUGUGAGAUAAUUUCUUGUGGAAGAGAUCUACGUCCGGAGUGAGUACUCUUUUAAGAAUAUACUGUCACAAACUACUGCAUUUCACUUGAAGGUCUAUAAAUGUGAUCCCCACAUUACAGUUAUGAUAAAGAUAUCAAGUUGCAAGUGUACAUGUGUAUCGUUGAUUUCUUAUCAGCAAUUUGUAAAGCAAUGUUUUUUCUUGUUGAUUUGUGAUUAAAAGGAACUAGAUGUCAUUAAGUUGAAAAGAAUGUCCAGUUUCAUGGGAUGACUUGCUAUGAUAAUGUCUCCAAGUGAUAAUGAAAGUGCAUCAAACACUUCACACAAAUGUGAACUUAAUUAAUGUUUUUUUUCAAUUUGAAAUUGCUCCUAAGUUUACACCGAGGGAAAGCUUUCCACAUCAGCUCUGAGAAACUUGCGUCAACAUUUAAAGCUAAAACCUCCAGUUUGUGUAAGCAUUGUUUAAAACUUCAGAAAGUACCAUGAGUAACAAUGUUGUAGAAGUAAAUAUUAUUCAGACAUCUUUGUGCAAUUGUUUUUGUAUUCUCUGCAUAUGACUAGCAUUUCCAACUGUGUGCAAAUGUACAAAAGUCGGUGUUGACAAUUCGUCAAGUCAUUUCUGACUAUCUUCUUUCCUAAAUGCACAUAGUCCAGAUUUAAUGCAUCUGUUGAUACAUGUAUAGAUUGUGAAGGAAAUGUGACUCAGAACAAAGGGUAAUUCUUUAAAUUAUGGAAGACACGAAUGUUGUUUCUUCCACAGAUUUUUGAAGUGGAUAUGUAUGUGUAAAAAAUGGAACUGACGCAACCAUAGUUUAAUAGCCUGUGGUGUUUUGUUUUGUAAAUUUGAGGAAAAUACCUGAUAAGUUUCUAUGUGAAACACAAAAUGAAACUGAGCAUUUUAAUAAAACACUUGGAAUGAGAAAA